ACAGAAUUUCUCAGAUCUCGGUAAAAGGAGUGCCCUUUUCUCAAAAAUAUUAAAAUAUGAAUUUAAAAAACUUGGGCUCACUAACUGUUGUUGAUUUUAAAAUUAAUUAGGCUCCAAUCAUAAUGAAUAGUCCAUUGGAAUGGGAUAAUUUUUAUAAAAAUAAGGUAAGUAGGGUCAUAAAAUUAGAUGUCAAAAACUCAAAAUUGUCAAUCGCCCCAUUUGCCCACUCCUAGCAAACAAGACCCAUGGUGGGGGUUAGGACGCAGAACGCAGAGUUUAUUGACGCAGAUGCGCACCGAGCACUGCCACUUGCGCAGAUAUUUCUGGCGGCUGGAUAACAACAGGGAUCCUACCUGUCGGCAUUGCAGCCUGGCCCCGGAGACCCUAGAGCACCUGUUGACCAAAUGUCCCUCACUAGAUCUCCCGGGGGAAGCCAGGGCGGUUGGAGGACCCUUUGUGAGGAAAAUGUUGUAUGGCUCAGCCCAACAGAUGGAGUUGAUAGCCAAUUUACUAGCCUAGCCGGGGUCAUAAGAGAGUAAUCUCAGACCCUCACUAGAAUAUAUGUGUUUGUUAGUCACUUCAAGUAAUAAUAUUAAUAUAGGGCCUACUCAAUAAAUUUUAAUUUUAUAAUUUUUAGACAGCUUAUUAGUAAUUAGUGAAAUGACCUGAGAGUGAUUUGUCUAAUUUUAAGCCCAUCUUCAAUAAUGUAUAUACUAUUACUAUUAAAAUAUACUAGGAUUUCUCUGAAAAAAUUUGGUAGCGCCAACAAGUCCAGUAAUAGUAAUGACUAAUAUCAUAAAUGUUUGAAUAUAACUAAACUAAAAUAAGUGGCACAGUAUUUCUAAGUUAGUUUAAAUUCUAAGCUCUCUUCUGCAGUCUGCAGUAAACACAGGCGCUACAGCUCUCGCUGUGUCAUUUUGAAUUUUAUAAAAAAUUUUAGGUGGGCCACCCCUCCCCCUUUUCCCCUCGAUAACUACCUUUCCCCUCCAAAUCAAAGUGACAGUCGCAUCACCCCUCUUAUUAUUUAAAAGUUGGAUUUUAAGGUGUUUCAAAUAUAAAAGUAACUGAUGUAUUAAAAAUCAAUUUUAUAAGUUGAACUUAUUAUUUGAUGUGUGGGCCUUAUUUAAAAAAAAAAAAGAAUUUUCACUCCCCCUGCUCAGAUGACAUUUUCAAACAAAACAUCAUGUCAUUGUGUAUGAAUUUGAGCAAAGCUGAAUUAAAGCAAAAAGCUGAUGACUUGGACAGAAAUUUAAGAGGAACAAACAACUUUUACCUAACUUUCUAUUUAAUUUAUUCAAUAUAUUGCCUAGAAUUAUUUGUUUGUUAUUAUCUCACUUUUUGUUAUUUUGGAAUUUGUUAACAAUCAUUUCAAUGUAUUAUCUAGAACUAUGGAUUUCUUUAAAAUGAUCAUGCGGCCCAACAAAAAAAAUUCCAUGUGGCCCUCUGCGCAAAACGUUUGCUCCCGUCUGGUCUAUACAUAGGCCUAUAUCAUAAGAUAUUGAUAUUUAAUUUGAUAUAUUUGCCUGGAGUGUCUAUAUAAAUAUAAUGUAGCUUAUAGCAAAUCCAGUGUUUGUAAGGACUAGGCCCUAGCUCAGUAGGCCUAGGCCCUAGGUAGAUGGGGGGGUGGUCAUUAACUAAUAGUAAAUUGUGUUUUAGAUUAAAUUCACAUUAGUUUUUAAUUUUUUAACAAUUUCUUUAGUUCGAAAGUGUGGCGAAUUUUGUGUGCUUUUUUGUGUUUAUGUUUUUAACCCAUCCGGGGCAUAGGCCCUCUACAAUAAUUUUCCAUUCAUUUUUGUUCUGUGCUUUUCUCUCCAGUUGCUUCCAAGUGUAUACCACACUUUGUGUGUCUGCCUCUAGCUCUUAUCUCCAUGUAUCUCUUGGUUAGCUGAAUUUACCUUCAUGAUCUUUGUUUUGCUUUUAUUUAUGUUGAAACAUACUUUUUUGGAAUCUAAUAUUUGUGACACAUUGUGACGGGGGAGUUUAAAAUUUGUCAAAAAUAGCCUGACAUGCUUUAUGGAUGGCUCCUAGGCCUAGCUACAUGUUGAUAUUUAUAAUAAGGCUUAAAUUUAGUAUAUUUAAUUUAGGUAUGGAGCUUCUAUAUAGGACAUUAGGCCUACUGUACCAUACAUAACAUUUUUAUAAUUUCUUAGAAAUUUAGGCUAACAAUUUUUUAAAAUGUUUUUCAAUUUAGACUACACAUUCACAAGGACUGCUUCAUAUAUCGAUAAUAUUAUACCAGAUAUCUACGCUAUCAACAGUCCAACACUAGUUCGACAACAGAUUUAAAGCUAUUGAAGAAGAUGCGCUUAAGGCGAUUGCGAGGACAGCGAUUGUUUAAAUGUAUUUGCUGCAUCUUCUUUGCAUUCAUGUUUUGGACAUUUGUAAGCUAUCUUGUAAGUAUUUGUUGUAUUAUAAAAAAUUGAUGCCUGUUUUGAUAGCAGUAGUUAAAAGUCUUUGGCUCGUUACUCUUUUUAAAUGGAGAUAUUUCGGUGGGGAAGUAUCUAAUGUUAAAGAAAUUAUUCAAUCAAUAAACAGCUUUUGUAGUAUGUAUAUUAAACAUAAAGUUUCGUAUUAUGUCAUGAGAUUUCUACUAUCACAUUAUUAUUUAUUUAAAAAGGAAAUAUUUUCAGAAAUCUAAUAAUUUUUGCAUAAAAAUAUUGUUAAAUAAAUCUUCCUCCAGUUUUCUUUUAAUGAUGAAGAUUUUCCUGAAGAUGUUGCAUAUGACAUAUUCAUAGAUGAAACAAAAGAGGACCGUAAGUAAAUUGAAGUUACUCACAUUAAUUUUUCUAACAAAUAUUAAUGAAAAUUUAACUAAAAUAAUGUUUUUAUGUCUCAAUGUAAGAAUGAAAUAAAACAAUAUUGAAAGAUAGCUAUACAAUUAAUUCAACAGAAUUGUUUCUAAUUUUUAAAAUGUAAAUGUUUUUUUUUUACCAUUUUCAGUUCCGUAUCCUUGAAAUCUUUACAAAAUCUGUGGGAAAAUGCUGUCAUUAUAUAUUUACUAUAUCUAUAGGAAGAGGCUGUCAUAAUAUAUUUACUGUAUCUGAAGGACGACACUGUUUUUAUAAACUUAAUAUAUUUUAUUUCUUAAAUAAUUAUCCCAUUAAAAAGAAAUUCUUAAGUGGCCUAAUCAUAGCAUCACUCAUAAAAUCUAACAUCAUAUAUCAUGACGCAUGAGAUGCUCGCUCGUCAAGGUAUUGUUUUUUUUAAGACAAUGAUUUAUUUGUUAAGAUGUUGUCACUUGACCAUCUUCACACCAGAUGUACACAUACCUUUGGAUCAGGAGAUUUUGGAAGAACUAGAAAGAAUAAAACAGAAAAAGAACAACUAUGCCGACCAAGUUGUUGAUGAUCCCAAAGACCCAAUUGUUUUGUGGUGGACAGAGUUCACAGGUGAACCAGGCAAAACACGGCGCUGUGGUGAUCAACAAUGUUUUUUUACAAAUAAUCGCAAAUACAGCUCUCACAAACACAUGAAGGUAAAAGGAUUUUUUUAAUGGAAUGACUACAUUUAAGAAUAAAAGUUUUAUUGGAUGCAAUUUCUUAUGUGAAAAUGUUAAUAUAUUAUACUUAUUAAAAAAAUAUUAAUCGACACCUUUUUGUGUGUUUCUUUUUAAAGGUGUUUAUGUUUUAUGGCACAGACUUCAAUGAUGAAGAUUUGCCUUUACCAAGAUCACCUGAUCACAUAUGGGCGCUGUUCCACGAGGAGUCUCCGAAAAAUAAUUUCCUUUUGUGUCAUGAAGAUGUUCUAACAUUGUUCAACUACACCAGCACGUUCAGGUAACAUUCAUUGUCCAAGCUAUUCAGAUGACAUUUAUGUACCAAUUUAUUCAGGCGACAUUUCAUUUACCAGCACACUCUGGUGACUUUUGUAAAACAACAUAUUCUAGUCACUUGCUAUUUACUAGGAUAAUUAGUUGACUUUACCCACAUAGAAAUAUUAAGUUAAUUUUUUUACAAAUACACAUUAAUGUUAACUUAAAAAAACUAGUUUGAAACUAUUUACGUAAGCUGUAGGUUAGUAUAUAAACAUGUACAACUUUAAAGUAGAUUUAUUUCAGUUAUGAGGUCAAUCAAUCUUGUCAUUAUUUAUCUUACAGAUUUUUUACACUUUCAUUAAGACUCACACUAAUAAAUUUAUAUUCUAAAAAAACUGUCACAUUUGAUAUGUUUAAUUUGGGAUAAAAAACUAUUGAGCCAAUAAAAAGUUUUGUUCCAUUUUUGCAGACGUGAGUCAGAUUUCCCAAUCACUACUCAACAUCUGAUUUCUUUAGACUGGCUGUUACAGAAGACAUUUGACAAAACUGUCAGUCAGAAAAAUAGGUGAAUAGCAAUAAAUUUAAGAACAUUUAUACCGUUGAUUUGGUAAAUUUUUGGCAGACAAAUCCAAUUUUCACAAUACCACAUAAGCAAAAUGAACACCUUAUUCGCUAAUAAAAUUAGAUAUACAGCCUUACCGAAUGAUAAAUAUAAGAUUAUUGUGGUUUACCUAUUUGCACAUUUACUUUUAAAUUACUAGUUGUUUAAGAUUGGGGAUAUGUGGAAAAAUAAAUUCAUUUGAAAAUUAAGAGUUACAGUGAAAAUGGGAUGUUAUAAUUAAUUAACUGUCUGCACAAAGUCUGUAUUUUAUUUGCCUUAUUUUAAAAUACCUUUUUACUGUGGAAACUAAUUCCUCACAAUCUUUACCUGACUUAUAUGUAUAAAUAUAUUUUUAUUUGCUAUUACUAUUAUUAAAUUAAAAUUUUCAACAGCACUCAAAAGUACAAGGUUUUUUUUUUUGCCCCCUUGUCUAGUCCUGGUUGCACUAUUUACCCAAAAAUUUAAUAAAAAAUAAUCUAACAUACAGAAUUUUGUUAUUUUUUUCAGUUACCAAGAAGAAGAUGGUUUAGCAUCAGUGAUUUACGUCCAGUCAGGAUGUGACCCCCCAUCUGACAGAGAUGAAUUUGUUAAACUGUUGAUGAAUUAUAUUUCUGUGGACUCUUAUGGAACUUGUCUUAAGAACAAGAAACUUCCUGAAAAGUAUGUUGAGAUAACAGUUUUCAUUUGCUAAAUUUUAUUUCAUUCAUCUCAUAUAUUUCAUUUCAGAUUAAUGAAAGUUUUGUUUUUUUUCAUUCCAAAAUGGAAAAAAAAAUUGUUGAAAAACCUAAAAUUAUCAUGGUAAAAUGGAGAUAUUGUUGCUGUAUACACAAUACACAAUUAACGUGGGGUAAAUUGAUGUGCAAAUCUAUGUACAUCAAAUUUUGACAACUUUUUUUUUAUACAGUAAGAUUUUGAUAAUCCGGGAUGCCUACUCUGAAAAUUUUUUCUGCAGAGCGAGAAUCGCAACAUGAUUUAAAGUUAAUGCAUUCUCAUCCCUUAACAUAACUAAAAACAUUUUUUUAAACCCUUUUUAACAGUAACCUUUUCUAAAGUCACGUGGUAAACCAUGUAUUUAAUAUUUACAACACAUGUUUAUAGAUGGAUUUGAAAAUCCAGAUAAGCCAAUAAUCAGGAUGGGUUGAAACUACAAUUAGUACAGAUUAUAGUCAUCUAAAUGUUCUUCCAUCUGGAAAACUAAAAGGGAAAAAAAGUCUAUAAAUUCAAACAAAUCUUCUGUAAGCGUUGAACUCCCGAACUCUCUCUUACAAGACUCAAAUUUUACAUACUAAACAAAUUUCAAAUCAACAAUGCUGCCUUGUACUGAAAAAAAUUAUAUUUUUAAAUUAGUUGUAAAGCUAUAUAUUUUUUAUUAGAAGUAUAAAAUAUUUUAAAAGGUAAAUAAUUUUAUAUGUUUAAAUGUCCAAAUAUUUGUCUCUUGUAAAUAACUCAGACACCCCCUGUAAAUAACACUUUUUUUUUACAUGGUUUAUCACCAGAAUCAGUCAUCCCCUGGGUGGUAUGUCACACAGAGAUUUUUAUGAGCUCAUCUCACAAUAUAAAUUUGCCCUUUCAAUGGAGAAUGCAGUAUGUGAAGAUUACAUCACAGAGAAACUGUGGCGCCCCCUGAUGGUGGGAACUGUGCCUAUUGUGUUUGGAUCGUCUAGAGUCAAGGUAAAAUGUAUUAUCUUAGAAGAUAUUAGUGCUGUUAACAGUGCUAGUUUAGUAGUUCCAAGUCUUUGGAAGAUAGUAUGAUUAACAGUGCUAGUUUAGUAAUUCCAGAUUCUUGGAAGAUAGUAGAUUAACAGUGCUAGUUUAGUAAUUCCAGAUUCUUGGAAGAUAGUAGAUUAACAGUGCUAGUUUAGUAGUUCUAGGUCUUUGGAAGAAUAUAUAAUUAACAGUGCUCGUUUAGUAGUUCUAGGUUCUUGGAAGAUAGUAUGAUUAACAGUGCUAGUUUAGUAGUCCUAGGUCCUUGGAAGUUAAUAUGAUUAACAGUGCUAGUUUAGUUAUUCUAGGACUUUGGAAGAAUAUAUAAUUAACAGUGCUAGUUUAGUAGUCCUAGGUCCUUGGAAGUUAAUAUGAUUAACAGUGCUAGUUUAGUAGUUCUAGGUCUUUGGAAGAAUAUAAAAUUAACAGUGCUCGUUUAGUAGUUCUAUGUUUUUAGAAGAUAGUAUGAUUAACAGUGCUAGUUUAGUAGUUCUAGGUCCUUGGAAGUUAAUAUGAUUAACAGUGCUAGUUUAGUAGUUCUAGGUCCUUGGAAGUUAAUAUGAUUAACAGUGCUAGUUUAGUAGUUCUAGGUCUUUGAAAAAUAUUACUAGAACAAUGGCAAGGCAUAUUUUGGAACAUCCAUAUUAUAAUAUAUAUUUAGGGGAAAAUUGAAUGUUUUUUUUUAAAAUUUGUGACUGUAUGUUAAUAAUUUAAAAUAUUACAACUCACAACAGGACUUUCUGCCCAGUAACAACUCAGCCCUUGAGGUUAUCAACUUCCGUUCAGCCGAACAUUUAGCCACAUACAUCAACUAUUUGAACAGCAAAGACUCACUCUACGACAAUAUGCGUGACUGGAAAAGCUCUGGCAUCUCCAACACGUAUUUAAAAGAGAUCAUGGAGAAACGUACGUGGGGGCCUGACAACAAUGGUCACUGGAUUCCUGGACAAAAGAACUUUAUUGAAGAUUAUGAGUGUUAUGUAUGUGAACAAAUUCAUGAGACAAUAAAGAAGGUUUCUUUAGGAGAGGGACAGUUUACAAAAUGGGCCAAUCACAGUCAUUACGGUUGUCCAAAACCUUUGAAGUUCAACAGUUUAGGAAAGUAUGCGCAUGAGGGAAACUGGCUGGACUUUUGGAGCUCACAGUGGGAGAGACAGCGACAGAAGGCUUCCUCUUUGAGGAGAUGUGUCAGUGAAGGCAGGUGUGACAGAAACAAGGCUAAUCUGUGAUGGCAUAUGUCAGUGAUGGCAGGUGUGACAGAACAGGGCUAAUCUGUGACGGCAUGUGUCAGUGAAGGCAGGUGUGACAGAAACAAGGCUAAUCUGUGAUGGCAUGUGUCAGUGAUGGCAAGUGUGACAGAAACAAGGCUAAUCUGUGAUGGCAUGUGUCAGUGAUGGCAGGUGUGACAGAUUGUCACAGAACGGUUGUUACGGAGGAGGGCUCCGAUCCUGACUUACCACGAACUGUGUUGACUAAGUAGUGGUCAGUACAGGACCGCUCCUCUCUGUGAUUUAUAUGGUGGGGGUCUAGGCGUUGAGACAGACAAAAGCACAACGUAGACUUGGACGAAAUGCAACAACUCAAACUCCUGGUGUCCAACGAUAAUGAAAGUAUGUUUAUUUCUAAGAUAUAAGUUAUUCUAGUCAUCUGUCGUCUCCUGAUCACUAGCAACUAUUCCCCAACAACUGCUUGAUUCUAUCGUAGCUCUUUUCUCUCUCUUCCUCAACUACGUCGUACCUCUGUUCCCUCUUCCUCAACUCGUCGUACCUCUGUUCACUCUCCCUCAACUACCUUAACUCAGUGAAAGUUCCCUCUUAUAUGUGGUUCUCUACCCCCUAUAGGUGGUCCAGGAAUGCUAUCUAUAAACACACCCAUGCCCCCUAAUUUCCGGUCAAUUAGACCUUCCUAUUGUUAACCCAAAAAUUAUCAUGCGAAGUCUGGAAAACCCGAACAUACUAUUAUCCAAAGAAACAAUCCCCACUAUAUCAAGAUGUGAGAGUCUAUUAACCUUAACUUAACCCCAUUAACAGCAGUUUCCUUCCAUCCUAUAAGUUACCUCAACAACAAUGGAGCUCUGUCCUGUACCCCCGCCCCAGUCAUUUGUGACACAGAUACAAGGCUAAUCUGUGAUGUGUCAGUAAUAGCAGGAGUGAAGGAAACAAGGCUAAUCUUUGCAUGUAAGUGAUGGUAGCUGUGACAGAAACGAGGCUAAUCUAUAACGAGUCAGUGAUGGUACCUGUGACAGAAACAAGGCUAAUCUUUGAUGUGUCAGUGAUGAUAGCUGUGACAGAAACAAGGCUAAUCUUUGACAUCUUUCAGUCGUGAUAGGUGUGACAGAAAAGGAAUUAUCUGCAUCAUAGUACAGACAAGAUAUGAACUUUAUUUGAACACUUUUCUGCAUACCAUUUGUCUGAUACCUGCGUUGUUAUACAUCAUUUGGUGUAGUUUUGAUCUCUGUGUAUUAAUACAAUUUGUAUGAAACAUUGAACAUCUGCCAAGUUUUGUUCACAAAGUUGUUCAGUGACAUAUUGACAUGUAUGACAUUUUUGCCAGACUUGCUUUCAGCUCUGUGAUAUUUUGCAUUUAUUUCGAUAAAAUUAUGUGUGACCUUGACCUGUGAAAUGGCUGACUGAUCCAAACAUUAUAAUGAUAUGUUAAACAAUGUGUUUAUAUGUGCAUAAAAUUUAUCUAUGUGUUAACAAUGGCUUAAACCAGUUAUGAUAUUUACUAAGAGACUGCAUUUAUUAGUAUUUUAAAAUGUAUAAAUGUCU